UGUUACGCCGUAUUGAUAAACAUGUUUAUGUAGUUGACGAAUUGUUAUCGGCGAUGAUGCGUAGAGCUUUUCCCCAAAUUAUAACUGUGUAACGCUUGGAAAAUGCGCCUGCCAAUCCGGAACCCUAUCCCCUUCUCCAAGUUCAGAGCCGCGUCGCCGGCAGCCGACGAUGAGAGCUUCCUGGCAGUGCUAAACAGCGUCGCCAGGGGUACUCAGAGCUGGUCUCUCGCUCUCGACAACCCCUCCAUUUCCACGCGCCUCACCGGCCGCCACGUUGAGUCCUUCAUCCUCCGCAAUCUCCACGACUCCAAGUUAGCCCUCCGCUUCUUCAAUUUCCUCGGCCUUCACAAGCAUUUCCGCCACUCUACGGCGUCGUUUUGCCUCCUCGUCCACUCCUUAGUCCACUCUAAACUCUACUGGCCGGCGACCUCGCUUUUGCAGACCCUAUUGCAAAGGGAUGACACUCCGGCUUUCGUGUUUCGCAAUUUGUUCGAUUCUUAUAACAGAUCCGAUUUUUCUUCGCCCUACGGAUUUGAUUUGUUGCUGCAGAGUUAUGUUCAGAGUAGAAGGGUUCUGGAUUCGGUUGUUGUUCUCAGAUUGAUGAAGGAAUGCGGCUUGUUUCCGGAGGUGAGGACGAUUAGCGCGGUGUUGAAUGGAUUGAUACGAGUGAGGAGAUUUGAGAUGGUGCUUGCCUUGUUUGACGAAAUUCUUGUGAAUUCGGGGGUUGUUGCUGAUGUCUAUGUUUAUGCUGCUGUGAUUAGGAGUUUGUGUGAGUUGAGGGAUUAUGAUAGAGCGAAGGAGAUGAUCGGUUCGAUUGAGGGGGAUGGAGUGAAGUUGAAUGUGGUUAUUUACAAUGUGUUGAUUCACGGGCUGUGUAAGAGUGGUAGAGUCUCGAAGGCUGUUGAGAUUAAGGAUUCGUUGAGGUUUAAGGGCAUGAGAGCCGAUGUUGUGACGUAUUGUACGUUGGUGCUGGGGUUGUGUAGAGUGGAUGAGUUUGGGUUUGCAAGAGAGUUGGUGGAUGAGAUGGUAGAGUGCGGGCUCGUUCCGAGUGUGGAGGCUUUGUCUAGUGUUGUUGAUGGAAUGAGGAGAAAAGGGGAAAUUGGCGAUGCUUUUGAUUUGAUUGAUAAGGUGGAGAAACUUGGGAAAAUGCCUAAUUUAUAUGUUUGCAAUGCUAUGGUUCACUCAUUGUGUAAUAACGAAAAGUUAGAGAAAGCACAGUUGCUUUUUAUGAAGAUGGAGGAGAAGGGUUUGAUCAUAAAUGAAGUGAGUUAUAACAUUUUGAUCAAUUCAUUAUGUAAAAGUGGGAAACUGGAUGAAGCUAUCAAUUUUCUUGGUAAAAUGCUCUGUGCAGGAAUAAAGCCAACAGUUUACACUUAUAACAUGUUAAUUAGUGGGCAGUGCAAGUUGGGAAAAUUGGAAGCAGCUGAAAAACUGUUUCUUGAGAUGAAUGAAAUAGGAUUGAGUCACACUGUUGUAACAUAUACUUCUUUGAUUCAUGGUUUCUGUAAGAAAGGAGAAUUGGACAAGGCAUUCCUUUUAUAUCAUGAGAUGACUGGGAAAGACAUUUCACCUAAUGUGCAUACGUUCACUGCACUGAUCUAUGGUCUUUGUAAUGCAAAUAUGAUGGAUGGAGCAUAUAAAAUGUUCAGCAAAAUGUCGGAAAUGAACGUUGCUCCAAAUGAGGUAACAUACAAUGUUCUGAUAGAAGGAAAUUGUAAAGUAGGCAACACAGAAAAAGCUUUCAUGCUGUUCGAUGAGAUGUUGAAGAAGGAUCUUACGCCAGACUCAUUUACGUACAGGUCUCUGAUCUAUGGACUUUGUUCCACAGGUAGAGUAUCUGAAGCAAAAGAAUUUAUGGAUCGCCAAAAUGAUUUGAACGAGUUUUGUUAUUCUGAACUGAUGCAUGCGUAUUGCAAGGAUGGACGACUGGAGGACGCACAGCGUGCUCGUGAUGAGAUGGAGGAAAGAGGUAUUAACAUGGAUCUUAUAUGCUAUGCUAUAAUUAUUCAAGGGAUUCUUGAUCAGAAAGACUCAGCACUAUUGAUUAAAAGUUUGAAGGAAAUUCAUGACCGUGGACUAAGGCCUGAUGAUUUUAUCUAUACUUGUUUCAUCGACAAGUAUGGAAAGACCGGUGAUCUUGCGAUGGCUAUGGCUCAUUGGGAUCUUAUGAUUAGUGAAGGCUUUGGCCCAAAUGUUGUGACAUACAGUGCGAUGAUUAAUAGCCUUUGUAAGGGAGGAUUGGUGAGGAAAGCAGAGGUUCUGUUAAAGGAAAUGUUGGUUAGCGGGAUAUUUCCAAAUGAGAUCACACACGGAUGCUUUCUUGAUCAUCUUACCAGAGAAGGGAAUAUGGAGGAGGCUAACCGGCUUCAUAAGGCUAUGCUCAAAGGUUCCCAUGGUAGCACAGUGAGUUACAAUAUGCUCAUUCGAGGUUUCUGCAUGUUGGGCCGAAUUCAGGAAGCUUAUCAGACCCUAAAUGAAAUGUCAGAUAAUGGUAUUUCUCCAGAUUGUAUUAGCUACUCAACUAUCGCACAUGAGUAUUGUAGGAGAGGUAAUUUGCAAGGAGCCUUCAGUUUAUGGGAAUCAAUGUUAAACAAUGAGAUUGAGCCUGAUGCAGUUGCUUAUAACUUGCUGAUACAUUCAUGCUGUGUUGCUGGAGAGUUUAGUAAGGCUUUUGAAUUUCAUAAUAGUAUGGUGAAAAGAGGCCUGAAGCUGACUCGGGCAACAUAUGCAUGUCUCAUGCAACAGACGCGUGUGCAAGAAUCGCCAUUUGAGCCGCAGGCGGGACAAUCUGUUGUGGAUUGAUCAUAUAACAGAGGAUGGUCUUGUCUGAUGUACAAGUUGUAAAAUGACACCGUUGACAAAUACCAUCCAGAAGAAGUUCAAGGUUUCUUCAACCCAACUUCUGUAUCAAUCUUGCCCCUAUCAGGAAACAACUCUUUUCAUUCUUGCAGAAAGGUUGAAACCCCAUCCCCAAGGCUCCCAACAUCCAAGCCCCUUGGCCUAGCGGUAAAGGGUGUUGGAUACCGCGUCCAUCCUGGAGGUUUCGAGUUCGAACCCUGGGUGGCGUAAUUUGUCUUUCCUCCUUGUUAUAGGAGUUGAUUUGUAAUUUCCUCCUUCAUAUAUAUGAUAUAAAUAUAUGAAGUUAAUUUAAAAAAAAAAAAAAAAAAAAAAAAAACCCAAGGCUCCCAACAUCCCGGCCCGACAGUAUUGUGAGGGGUGCUCAAUCAGGGUACGCAGUGGCCCGCUAAGGGGAGAGCCGUAACCCACUUUUCUGCCAGAAGCCUACCUCCCAAGGCCUCACAUUUGUGCUUGAGAGGUGUUGCAACUACACGGUAGUAGUGGGAAUCAAUCCUUGGGUAUUCUUGCAAAUCUGCCCUUCCGGAACCAACGGCGAUGCCCCUCUGGGCAUAAAUAACUCUUUUCAUAACUGGACUGUUUGUGGAUAGGCUUCUGACGGAGCAGAAUGUAUAUGCUUUCAACUAUACUACUCUUUAUUGCAGUUGGUUGAUAAUAAUAAGCACAAACACUGUUUUCUC